UUUAAUUUAUUUAUUUUAUUUAUUUUAGUUAAUUAAUUAAUGAAUGUAUUUAUUUAUACAAUUAAUUUAUAUCCACAGUGAUGGUAACCCCUUUGUGGAUUAACAAUGUAGAUGUAGAUGUAGAUGUAUAAUUCUUUGUUCUUUUCAACGUUUAUAUAUCAAGCUCAUACUUACGAACGUCUUACCAUGGCAGAAUUCGUGGCGGGGUAUGCACAGAUUCUACAAUUACGAGAGAUCAGUUCGUUCGAGCGCGCCGAACGACACAAACAUUUGGUAACGCUGAUGUACCACGCACAGCUAUACGAAUGGGAGGCGGUGCUUGCCUUCCAUGGAGCGGUUUUGCUUGAAAUCGAACGUGGCUUAUUGAAGUGGGGUGAUUCCUUUUCCCACCUCGAAAGCAGAACCCUCCAUGGUCAGCUACUUUCACCGCCGAAAAAGCAGUCUUACAGUUCAGGGCCGACAUUGUUUUGUAGAGAUUAUCAACGCGAGAAGUGCAUUCAUACCAAGGAUCAUUAUGGUUACGUCCGAGGCGAACGUAAAUGGGUAAAACAUAUUUGUGCGGCUUGUUGGGUACAAUCGAGAAAACAGGAAUCGCAUAGAGAGGAUUCAUCUGAUUGUCCUCUUUCAGGGGAAUCAAAAAACUGAUAAACUUCGCCCUUGGUCAAGACAUUGGGGGCGUUCCUUCCGUUACUGUUGCUUCAUUUCCGGAUAUGUCGUUUUGUGCUUUGAAUGCUGAUGCUUGCUCCCAGCCGCUAAAGGCUGCAGUUCCUGACUGUCGUGGCUUUUCCACGGGCGCUGAUUAUAUUCAUGAUGUGUGUUUUCCUCAGCCGGUGGAGGCUGGUGUUCUAGACUGUCGUGGUUUUUCCACGGCCUUUCCUCGUGACUCUCAGCAGGCGAAUGAUUUUUAUUUGUACGCACAUGAGUUAGUUUUUUCGUUCUGGUCGCCCGAACUUUGUGGUUUCUCGCCUGCCCGUUCCAAGUUCCCUAAAGAUCAAUACUUGGAGGACUUUGUUGUAUGAUUAUGCCGACCAAAUGAUUUGUGAUUUCCUGGAGUUUGGUUGGCCGGUGGGUUUCACUGGCGAUACUGUUCCUAUUUUUGAUGCUCGCACUCACCGGGGUGCGCUCAAUUUUGCGACUCAAGUUUCAGAGCAUUUACAACGUGAAGUAUCGCUUGGUCGUGUCGCUGGGCCGUUUACGGAUCCUCCCUUCGGGGGUGGAUUUGUUACUUCACCGUUGAACACGGUUCCCAAGCGAGAUUCUGAAGAACGUAGGGUAAUUGUGGACUUGAGCUGGCCUAAGGGCGGUUCAGUAAAUGAUGGUAUUCCGUGUGAUAGUUUUCUGGGAGAUCCGUUCGUGACUUGUUAUCCCACUAUAGAUGACAUUGUGGAAGCGAUCGUGCAGUUUGGCCCGGGUUGUUUUCUCUAUAAGAGGGAUCUGCGGCAGGCGUAUAGGCAGUUUCCUGUGGAUCCCGGCGAUUACCGUUUACUUGGGUAUAUUUGGAAUGGACAUUAUUACUUUGACACUGUUUUAACUAUGGGGUUACGCUCUGCUGCUCAGGCAUGUCAGCGCGCCACCUCAGCGGUAGCUUGGAUUCAUCGACAGCAAGGAAAAGUUUUAUUUAAUUAUUUGGAUGAUUUCAUUGGGGUUUCUGAGGCUAGCUCUGCGACUUCCGAUUUUGAGCAGCUGGGGACUCUUCUCUCCUCUCUGGGACUGAUCGAAUCUGUUUCCAAAGCUUGUCCGCCUUCAUCGCUCAUGCUGUGUUUGGGAGUGAUGGUAGACACGAAUUCAUUUACGUUGUCAGUUAGUCCUGAGCGGCUAGCGGAGUUAGAGCUUCUCUUACAUGAUUGGAGGAACCGCAAAACUGCUUGCAAACGGGAGUUACAAUCCCUAGUUGGCAAACUUGUGUUUGUUUCAAAGUGUGUUCGUCAGAGUCGGGUGUUUAUCUCGCGCUUAUUAAGUCUGCUACGAACAGUUCAAUACAAUCAUCUUCACGUUAAUUUAACCGCGGAAUUUCGCAAGGAUAUUAUUUGGUGGUGUCAUUUCCUGCGGGAAUACAACGGAGUAUCUAUGAUUAAAACUACCUCUUGGAGUUCUCCGGGGGAAGUUUUUUCUACAGACGCUUGCCUGGUUGGUUGUGGAGGCGUUUGUGACAAUGAAUAUUUCCACGCUUCAUUUCUGGAUGUGGUUGUUGCUCAGUCCCUCGAUAUAAAUUGUUUGGAACUUCUCACUAUUGUGGUGGCGCUUAAGUUGUGGGGUCAACGGUGGACGGGACUCCGUUUAACCGUGCGCUGUGACAAUCAGGUUGCUGUCACGGUAUUGAAUUCUGAUUCCUCGGCUUUGGCCUCUCUGCAAAAGGAUCUACGACAGACAUUACAAGCUGCUUAUAGCACAGGGACAUAUAGUAAUUUAAAGACUCAAUUUAAGUUAGCAUCAACAUGAUGCUAACUCUUCUACAUUGUAUUGCGCAUUUCUCUUUGCAUUUUUUCUUAUGGCGCGUAUAGCUAAUAUCGUACCGCUUUCUAUUAAGGCAUUUAAUCCUACCCGCGAUCUCACACGGGGUGGUGUUUUGUGUAACGAACACGGGCUUAUCGUCACGUUUAAGCAUACAAAAACUAUUCAGUUCGGUCAGCGUCGAUUACACAUUCCUCUGUUACGUAUUCCAGGCUCGUUAUUAUGUCCGGUCGCUGCCUAUAACAACAUGAUUCGCCUGGUACCCGCUUCUGCACGCAAACCGCUGUUUUUAUUGCUUGGUCAUUCAGGCCCGUUUGCUUUGACGAAGUCCCGUUUUGUUACCGAAUUUCGUCUGGCGCUUUGCUCAGUGGGGGUUGCUCAUGCUGACUCAUAUCGGGGUCACUCAUUUCGACGCGGCUGUGCCUCUUGGGCGUUUAACCACGGAGUACCAGGGGAAUUGAUACAGUUGUAUGGUGAUUGGGCUAGUGACUCUUACAAAUUGUAUUUAGAAUUUAGUAAUCAAUCAAAAUUGGCGCUUGCUUCCCAGCUACGUGCUUCCAUUCAGGCCAGUAGUUAGGCCUUCUGCACUGUUUUGUUGUUUGGCCGGUGGUUUGGUGGCAGAGGGGUUUAUUAUUAUUAUUUUAGUUUUUCAUUUAUCAGUUUGUAGUGAUUUUAUAAUAAACUUCUCUUAUGCCAAACACAAAACAGUGUCAGUGGUUUAUGUUGGGUUGAGGAAUUUACCCCCUUUGGGCACCUAGCUUAAAGGGAUUAAUUGCUCAAGCCAGCAUAUUGUAUUUCAGUUAUCUCUAGUCUUGAUUGCUAGCACACGUUCACAGCUUCACUCUAUAA